AUGGGUACAACAAAUACAAAUGGUGUUAUUUGUGUGCAACAGCUUCUGCCUCAAUGCUUGGUGGAUCCACUUGACUUCAUCCUACAUUACGAUGUCAAACCUGAACUUUAUCCAUUGUCGAGUAAACAAUCACUAAGGCGCUGUUCCGGAUUAUCAGAAUCUUUUAAACAUGGAGCAGAAAAUACUUGUGAAGUCGACAAUUUCUUAUCAGGCUGGUCCUUCUGUUCUUCACAAAAUGUCUCCCCACCCUUUGCUGAUUUAUGCAAACUUACUGAGUUGGCAGGAGGUCAUUGGAUGUCCGAUGCCGAUCUGAUUAAUCGUGUUAGGCAGAAAUCGACUCAAAAAGCAGUUAUUAUCACUACUACGGAAGAGUAUGAAUCAGUUAUCACGGGACCUAAAGAGCGUCAGCGAAUUUCUCAAUUAUUAAAGAAUGCAACGUUAGAUAAAUCCAUUUCAACUCCUCUAAGAUGUGCUUUUUCGACAAUGACUAAAGUGCCUACUGAUUGGUUUUUACAGAUUAUUAUGAAUCGCAAACCGCCUAUGUGGCCUGUCCCUACGCAUCAUACAAUCCAAUGAAAAUGAAUAAUUUUCGAAACUGUAAUAUCUUCAGAUUUUGGGAUAUAAGAGUCCAGGAAAAUAACUCCAUAAAAUUCUAUGGUAGUGGUGAAUACACUGUAGUUUAUAAACAUGAUAAUGAUAUUUAUAUUAUGAUCUUAUUUAUUUUUAUUUCUCCUUAAUAUGUAAGAAAAAUUGUUCCAUGCAUACUUAUUACUGCUAUAACUACCUAUUUACUUGUAUAUUCAAUAAAUUAUCUCCAAACU